AUGUCUGGACGUGGCAAGGGCGGCAAGGGGUUCGGCAAGGGUGGCGCGAAGCGUCAUUGUAAGGUGUUGCGCGACAACAUCCAAGGCAUCACCAAGCCUGCCAUCCGUCGCCUCGCUCGCCGUGGUGGUGUCAAGCGUAUCUCUGGCCUGAUCUACGACGAGACACGCGGUGUGCUCAAGGUGUUCCUCGAGAACGUGAUUCGGGAUGCCGUCACCUACACUGAGCAUGCCAAGCGCAAGACCGGGCCACAUAAAGCUAUGGACCUGGUGUAUGCCCUCAAGCGUCAGGGCCGCACCCUCUACGGUUUCGGAGGCUAAGCAGCGCGCGUGCGCGACGUCGUCUGCAAGCAGCGCAUCAGCUCC